GCAUGCUUGCGUGGACGGUGAGUAUCUCCUAGGUCGGUAUAUUUUCUGUUUCAUUCGUUCGCCAUUCAUCCGAAAAAGCGAAUCGCAAUUGAGAGGCUGGAUGUGCCGAGCAUCGAGUUCCUUUCCUCUCUUUUCCUUUGCCUCGAUAGGUUUUACGAUUCCCGAGGCUACUCCACAAGCUAUCUUUAGGUCCUGACUAUUGACUUUGAUAGUAUAUACACUCGGGUUUCUCUUUUUUGUUCGACAUCUUUUUUGGAAUUUAUUAUCUUUCUCUCUGUUACAUACCCCCUUUUCAGUUUUGACUGUGAUUGCGAUUGCGAUUGCGAUUUUAAAGAUAUCAAGACAUUGGAUUAUCACACGCUAAACGAAAAGAUGGCCAAGUUGACUGGACAGGAAGUCGCAGAACACAACUCGAAAGAGUCAUGUUGGGUUAUUGUUCAUGGGAAAGCUUAUGAUGUUACGGAAUUCUUACCUGAACAUCCGGGCGGACCCAAGAUCAUUCUCAAAUAUGCCGGCAAAGAUGCAACUGAAGAAUACGAACCAAUUCAUCCCCCUGAUACUCUCGAUAAAUUCCUAGACAAAUCGAAACAUCUAGGACCAGUUGAUAUGGGCACAGUCAAGAAGGAAGAAAAAGAAUUCGAUCCAGAUGAGGAGGCAAGACAAGAGAGAAUUUCACGCAUGCCAAUUCUAGAACAAUGCUACAAUUUGAUGGAUUUCGAGUCCGUGGCAAGAAGAGUUAUGAAGAAGACUGCUUGGGCAUACUAUUCUAGCGGUGCUGAUGAUGAAAUUACUAUGCGAGAAAAUCAUUCCGCCUUCCAUAAGAUAUGGUUUCGACCAAAGGUUCUUGUCGACGUGGAAAAGGUCGAUUUUACCACAACUAUGCUUGGAACGAAAGUCGAUAUCCCUUUCUAUGUGACAGCUACAGCAUUAGGAAAGCUUGGACACCCUGAGGGAGAGGUUGUCUUCACACGAGCGGCGAAGAAACAUAAUGUUAUACAAAUGAUUCCAACUCUAGCAUCUUGCUCAUUUGAUGAAAUCAUGGAUGCCGCAGAGGGAGAGCAAGUUCAAUGGUUACAAUUAUACGUUAACAAGGAUCGAGAGAUUACAAAGAAGAUUGUCCAACAUGCCGAACGUCGUGGUUGCAAGGGUCUAUUCAUCACAGUCGACGCUCCUCAAUUAGGAAGAAGAGAAAAGGAUAUGCGUUCCAAAUUCACGGAUGUAGGAUCUUCUGUUCAAUCAAGCAGUGGACAAUCCACGGACAACUCUCAAGGUGCAGCAAGAGCUAUUUCGAGCUUUAUCGAUCCAGCUUUGAGUUGGAAAGAUAUUCCUUGGUUCAAGUCUAUUACCAAGAUGCCUAUCAUUCUCAAGGGUGUUCAACGUGUGGAAGAUGUUAUUCGAGCUGUCGAAUGUGGUGUUCAAGGUGUUGUACUUUCCAAUCACGGAGGCCGACAAUUGGAUUUUGCUCGAUCAGGUAUCGAAGUUCUCGCAGAAGUCAUGCCUGUUCUUCGAGAACGUGGGUGGGAAAACCGUAUCGAAAUUUAUAUUGAUGGCGGGGUGAGAAGAUCCACGGAUAUUAUCAAAGCACUUUGUUUAGGUGCUAAAGGUGUUGGAAUCGGUCGACCUUUCUUAUAUGCUAUGAGUGCGUAUGGACUGGCAGGUGUAGAUCGUGCUAUGCAGCUAUUGAAAGAUGAGAUGGAAAUGAAUAUGAGGUUGAUUGGGUGUUCGAGCGUGGAUCAGUUGAAUCCGACAUUGAUUGACACCAGAGGAUUGAGUUCACAUACUACCAUGGUUCCGAUUGAUACUUUGGGUAUGACGACUUAUGAUCCUCUGGCGAAUCCAGCAGAGAAGGCGAAGUUGUGAAGUUGUAGAAGACAUGACAUAUGUAGAAAGACGCAUAUCUGUGGGGUGGCACUUUUUGAUUAGAGAAAGAAGACUUGUACACAUAAUUUGAAACAUUCACACAUUUUAAAUCCGAGACCAAUGAACGCGGAACCUA